GGCAAGAAGGUUGAAAAGAAUAGUAAGCCCAUGGCUGCCCGCUGUCUCCUCCUCGCCGCCGCCGCCGCAGUCUUCAUCUCUCUCUGCGCCGUGGCAGCUGGUCAGGACGCGAAGGUCUUCCGGCCGUGGCAGCCGGCCGACGAUGGAGCGGGAGCUGGAAGAGGGCGACUUCUUCGACGACGAGCCGGAGAUGCAAGACGACUUCGAGAAAGGGACCGGGCCGAAGCUGUUCCGCUACGGCGAGCUCGCCAUUGCCACCGACGACUUCUCGGAUGACCACAAGCUCGGAGAAGGCGGGUUCGGGUCGGUGUACAGAGGAUUCCUCAAGGAAAUGAACCUUGACGUUGCCAUCAAGAAGGUAUCCAAGGGCUCGAAGCAGGGGAGGAAGGAGUACGCCUCGGAGGUGAGCAUCAUCAGCCGGCUGCGGCACCGCAACCUCGUGCAGCUCAUCGGCUGGUGCCACGGCGGCGGCGAGCUCCUCCUCGUCUACGAGCUGAUGCCCAAUGGCAGCCUCGACACGCACCUCUAUAGCGGCGCCGCCGUGUUGCCAUGGCCGCUGCGGCAUGAGAUCGUGCUCGGCCUGGGAUCGGCCCUGCUCUACCUGCACCAGGAUUGGGAGCAGUGCGUUCUCCACAGGGACAUCAAGCCGAACAACGUCAUGCUCGACGCGUCGUUCCACGCCAAGCUCGGCGACUUCGGCCUCGCCAGGCUCGUCGACCACGGCCGGGGCUCGCACACCACGGUGCUCGCCAGCACCAAGGGGUACAUGGACCCGGAGUGCAUGACCACCGGCCGGGCCAGCGCCGAGUCGGACGUCUACAGCUUCGGCGUCGUCCUCCUCGAGAUCGCCUGCGGCCGGCGGCCUAUGGUAACGGUGGCUCGCCGCGGGGAAGAAGACCGGGAAGACGACGUGAUCCACAUCGUGCAAUGGGUGUGGGAGUUCUACGGCAGGGGAGCCAUCCUCGACGCCGCCGACGCGCGGCUCGAGGGGGAGUUCGACGCCCGGGAGAUGGAGGCGGUGAUGGUCGUCGGGCUGUGGUGCGCGCACCCUGACCGGAGCCUGAGGCCGUCCAUCAGGCAGGCCGUCAACGUCCUGCGGCUCGAGACGCCGCUGCCGAGCCUGCCGGCGAGGAUGCCGGUGGCGACCUACAUGCCACCACCUGACGCUUUCUACUACACAUCUUCGGUCGCGACGACUGGCGGCGGCAGCAGCACCAUCACUGGCACCGGCACCACUGUGUCCAGCACGACAGAGACGUCAAUCCUGCUGAAAUGACUUUUGCAUUGCGCCAUACAAAAUGCAGCAUCAAAUUUAUUAUGACGAUUUUUUACUAUCAGUAGAUAUUUUUUUACUGCUCUAGUGUAGAACUUAACUGCAGACCAAAUAGAGCGACAUUGGCUGGCAGCAUGUUCUAGGAGCAACUCGAACCGGCUAGGUAUAAUCUUAGCUAAUUUAGAGUUUUAGAGGAUUAAAAAAAUAGAAACUUUAAGAGCAUCUCCAAGACAUUGAGUAAAAAUUCUAGCUAAAUAACUAGGUUAAA